CAACCAGAGAUACAUCUUCGUCACUGUCACACCUCGCCGUUAUGCUCUCUUUUCACAGUAUAGACUUGAGUGACUGAAUUACAAUCAUUAACAAAUAAAUCUCCUCUGUUCUCUUCACUUGUGUGUUUGGCUGGAUCUCUCUAUUCCCACAAAUCAUCACAUUAAGAAGGCGGAGGGAGGAGCUAUCCGUCAGCGGUGGCACCCUGCUCUGCUCUGCUGUCAUCCCGGACUAAAGCGGUCUCCAGAUGGAUAUCACACCGAACAGCAGCCGGAGAGAGGAGAGAGAGGGUCUAUGGAACUUCACACGUUGGAGCGUUUCUAUGGAUUAAAACGGUUAAAUCUGUCGACAAGGAUAAUAACCGUCUCGUCUAUCUUCCCGAAUAUUAGCCUAUUCUUCUGCUGCUCAAGUGAAAGCAGAUCACAUCCAGCUCCUUCAGCUGUCCUCCUGAAUUAGCCGUGGCUUCGUGUACUAAGAUUAAUACACACUCUGAACACACACUCUGAAGACACUCCAAUGUAGCAGAGAGAAACAAGGCAGUGAGAAGGAAGAGGAAAAUACUGCUUUGCCUUUGCCAAACUCACAGUGAAAGGAGAACUCACUGACGGAAAACUGACGGAAAACUACUGUUUUUCAACACUCCUUAGUGGUUGGUCCCUGGACGUCCAAAUGCCUUGUUGUCACGCCAGCGAUCGCCCCCUAGACUCCUUGACCCAGGAAAACAACCUUCUCCUCUCCUCAGCAGCCUCCUCCAAUGUCUGAGUCUCACCAUGUAAUGCAGACAGAGAGGGGAGUUGAGAAUCUGCCUGCUACAGGAUAUGAGUGGUGAUUACUCUGCCGCAGACAACGAGACCUGCCUGCAGGGAGGAGGAGGUGCAGGGGAGGAGCAGCAGAGAGCCAUGCAGCCUCAGUCUGAGGAACUCUUUAACAGGAAACUAAAGGCCCUGAACGGCAGCAUGGGGCCCCCAGCCCAGGGGACACAGCAGGGCAACAAGCCUGAUGGUGGUGGUGGUGGGGGGAAGACCAACGGGACAGGGGAGACAGGGGGGACAGGGACCCCAGCCAUGCCCAAGAUGGGUAUCCGAGCCUGGGCUACAGACUGGCCUCCCGCCCCCCGGAGGGAUAUCUGUGAUGGAGGAUGCCAAAACUCCCCCAAAUACGACAGCAUCGCCGUGGCGUUCCAUAACGACCAGCAGCCUCUCGAACAAUCAGGAGCGGUGAUACAGUCACAUGACCAGCCCCCUCUAGACUCUGACUUCAGUGAAACUUUUGAGUCGGGGGAGGAUCCCAGGUACAGUCUGGCCGACCUAUUAGGACGCUCCCCUCUAAAGGGGGCGGGGCUUCAUCCCAUCCGCCAACGUUCCAACAGUGACGUCACCAUCAGUGAUAUCGACAGCGAGGACAUUAUAAUAGACGGUACUGCAGUGAACCCCAACACCGGCGCAGCGCUCCACCGGGAGUACGGUAGCACCUCCUCUAUCGACCGGCAGGGCCUGAGCGGGGACGGGUUCCAUACGUUGCUACGGGGUUACCGUAUCGACACCUUAGACCACACCCUCCACACCCUGACACACCCACAUCACUCCAUGCCCCGCCCACUGCUGGGCUUACCUGAGCUGCUGCAGCGCUAUGAUACCUCCCUCUCUCCCAGCCUGCAGACGGCCACCCAGAUCUCCAGAGGGGAGAUAGUGAGGAUGGCAGGGUACGACUACGUGGAUCCCUCCAUCUUCUACUCCAGAGAGAGAGAGAAGAACUUCAUGGGACGCCUGAAGUCUGACUCAUCCGAGACCUCUAUGUUCAGGAAGUUGAGGACCAUCAAGAGCGAAGGAGAUGGGUUCAGGCUGUCUCUGGAUCAGGAUGACAGAAGACCCCUCAGCUUCCAGAAGUGUUUUGCCCACUACGACGUGCAGAGUGUCCUGUUUAACAUCAGUGAGGCUGUUGCCAAUAGGGCCACUCUCAGCCAGAGGAAGAACACAACCACUGGGGCCUCGGCUGCUUCACAGUACCAACCUGGAGCCAGAGGGGGUAGUGGAGCUCCAGGUUUAGGACCAGGACUUGGGGCGGGAGGUGGCCCGGGGACAGGGGUAGGACUGGGGGCAGAAGGAGGGCUGGGAGGUGGUCUUAGUAGUGGAACUACCAGUACCUCCAUGUUUGAGUCUCCUCUUGGCUCCCGAGAGGACCUGAACCCCAAAGAGAACCUGGACCAGGACGAGGGCGACGGGAAGAACAACGGACUAGUCCUGGGGUGCCCACAUUUCCGUAAUGAGAUCGGUGGAGAAGGGGAGCGCAGAAUCAGUCUAUCCAGGGCUAACAACGCCUCUUACAGCGGUGGAGGAGAAAGCUGCAGCUUCGAGUCCUCCCUCUCGUCCCACUGUACCAAUGCUGGGGUGUCGGUGUUGGAGGUCCCUAGAGAGAACCAGCCUAUACACAGAGAGAAGGUUAAGAGAUACAUCAUAGAACACAUUGAUCUGGGAGCAUACUACUACCACAAGUUCUUCUAUGGGAAAGAACACCAGAACUACUUCGGAGUGGAUGGGAACCUGGGUCCAGUAGCAGUCAGCAUCAGGAGAGAGAAGCUGGAUGAAGGGAAGGAGAAGGAAUGGAUGCAGUACAACUACCGAGUCACCUUCAGGACCAGUCAGUUAACAACCCUACGUGGGGCAAUCCUGGAGGAUGCGGUCCCCUCCACAGCGAGACAUGGUACAGCCCGAGGCCUACCUCUAAAAGAGGUUCUGGAAUAUGUGAUGCCUGAACUCAACAUCCAUUGUCUCCGUCUGGCCCUCAACUCCCCCAAGGUCUCCGAGCAGCUUAUCAAACUGGAUGAACAGGGGUUGAGUUUCCAGCACAAGGUGGGGGUGCUGUACUGUAAGGCAGGCCAGAGUACAGAGGAAGAGAUGUACAACAACCAAUCAGCUGGUCCCGCCCUCGAUGAGUUCCUCGACCUAUUGGGACAGAGAGUGAAACUGAAGGGAUUCACCAAGUACAGAGCACAGCUCGACAACAGGACUGACUCAACAGGAACCUACUCCCUGUACACCACCUAUAAGGACUACGAACUGAUGUUCCAUGUGUCAACCCUGCUUCCCUACACCCCCAACAACAGACAACAGCUCCUGAGGAAGAGGCACAUAGGGAACGACAUUGUGACCAUUGUGUUUCAGGAACCGGGGACUCUGCCCUUCACCCCUAAAAACAUCCGCUCACACUUCCAACAUGUCUUUGUCAUCGUCAAGGUCCACAACCCCUGUACUGAGAACGUCUGCUACAGCGUUGCUGUCUCUCGUUCUAAAGACGUCCCUCUGUUCGGCCCUCCAAUCCCCAAGGCGGUGACCUUCCCGAAGUCCGCUGUGUUCCGAGACUUCCUGUUGGCCAAAGUUAUCAAUGGGGAGAACGCCGCCCACAAAUCUGAGAAGUUCCGUGCCAUGGCGACCAGAACGCGCCAGGAGUACCUUCGCGACCUGGCCGAGAACUUCGUGUCCACGGCGACCAUAGACUCGGCUGUGAAGUUCAGUUUCAUCACACUGGGAGCCAAGAAGAAAGAGAAGGCCAAACCUCGUAAAGACGCUCACCUAUUCUCUGUCGGCGCCAUCACCUGGUCCGUCACCGCACGGGACUUUGGCCAAUCAGCAGACGUGGACUGUCUCUUGGGCGUGUCCAACGAGUUCAUCAUUUUAAUAGAGGAGCAGUCUAAGAACGUGGUCUUCAACUGUUCCUGUCGUGAUGUUAUCGGAUGGACGUCUGGGAUUAUUAGCAUCAAGAUCUUCUAUGAGAGAGGAGAGUGUGUGAUGUUGUCUGCUCAGGAUGGCUGUGAAGAAGAUAUACGAGAAAUGGUGCAGAGACUAGAGAUAGUGACGCGUGGUUGUGAGACAUCCGAGAUGACACUGCGUCGGAACGCCCUGUGCCAGCUGGGUUUCCACGUAAACUUCGAGGGCAUCGUGGCCGACGUUGAGGCCUUCGGGUUCGCUUGGAAGGCGGGGCUUCGCCAGGGCAGCCGAUUGGUGGAGAUCUGUAAGGUUGUCGUUGCAACGCUGACCCAUGAACAGAUGAUCGACCUGCUGAGGACCUCCACCACCGUCAAGGUGGUCAUCAUCCAGCCUCAUGAUGAUGGAGCACCACGCAGGGGCUGUUCUGAGCUGUACCGUAUCCCCAUGGUAGAGUAUAAGUUGGACAGUGAGGGGACGCCAUGUGAGUACAAGACCCCAUUUAGACGAAACACCACCUGGCACAGGGUACCCACGUCAGCAGGUCAGCCGUCCAACCCCAACACCAACCCCCCUGCCCGGUGCUCCCCCACCCAGAGACACCCCGACCGGGCAGGCAGAGACAGGACUGGACAGCAGGUGCUCCAGCAGGGACAGAAUGCUAUCCCACGAUCCACCUCCUUCGAUAGAAAGCUGCCAGACGGAUCCAGGGCUGACUGUGAGAACCCGCAGGUGACCAUGUGUAAUAAGGGAGACCAGCACUACCGCAGUUCCCCUAGCAACCAGUCGUCGUCUAGUGACCCGGGACCCUGUGGAAGUGGAACCUGGUCUCAACCGCCUGGAUACGACGGGUGUCCGUCCUCGGUCCUCCAUGAGUGCCCCAGAGUGCUACAGGGGGGAGACAGAGAGGGGUACAGGGACACCCUCAGAGAGCCCACCCUUGAGAGUACACGGUCGGCAGAGGCCAAGUGGCACAUCCCCUCCACCAAGAUCCUCAACUCUCGGAAACACAGGGAUGGGGGCAAGGAGUCGCCCAACAAGCAGAACCGGGGGGGAGAAAAGACAUCCAGUCACUCCAGCUGUAACACCCUCUCCUCCAACGCCUCCUCCAAUAACAGUGAUGAUAAACACUUUGGCUCUGGAGAUCUGAUGGAUCCUGAGAUCCUGGGGUUGACGUACAUUAAAGGAGCCUCGACAGACAGCGGGAUCGACACCAACCCCUGUAUGGGGCCUGGGGGGAGGUUACUAAUGCAGGGGAGUUGUGGCGGUGAGGGGGGACACCCCUGGGGGGGAGAGGGGGGACACCCCAAGGAUGGCUGCGAAGGAGAGGAUCAUGGGAAACUGUACCUGCCGCAAGGAUAUGCGUCAGCGAUCAUGACUGGUCACGUGACAGAGGGAAGCAUUGGGGACCUGAGUGAGAUCUCGUCACAUUCACAAUCCUCCCACUCCAGGCAGUUGUACCUCCAGGAGGCAGCGUGUCGCCAGGCAGCAGAGAGGGAGAGAGAGGCCAAGGCUCUGGAGAAGCUGUCUAAAGAAGAGUACCUAAAGAUGAUGCUGGAGGAGAGUGGCCCAGGGGAGGACGGACGGAGGAAGAUGUCUGCGACGGGCAGCCUAUCACCACGGCGCUCCCUGUACCGUACCCUAUCAGACGAGAGUGUGUGUAGCAGCAACAGGAAGGGCUCGUCCUACGCCUCCUCCCAUAGUUCCAUGCUGGACCAGGCGCUGCCCAAUGACAUUCUGUUCUCCACCACUCCACCCUAUCACGCCACCCUGCCACCACGCAUGCCGGACAGGGGGGGCUCCAACCUCAGGAAUGAGUUCUGGUUCUCUGACGGCUCGCUGGCUGACAGGUCAAAGUUCAACGACCCUGGUCUCAUGCCCCUCCCUGACCCUGCCUCCGGACUCGACUGGUCACACCUGGUGGACGCUGCACGCACUUUUGAAGACCAGCGGGUGGCGUCUUUCUGCACCAUGACCGACAUGCAGAGGGCCGAGGCGCUCCAAAUCUCACAGGAACUGACCAGACGUGUGGCUGCAGCUGAGGGGGCCGCCCUAGAGGCAGGGAACAGCUCUCCCUCCACUCUGACUGGUAAAGUCAACCAACUGGAGGUGAUCCUGAGACAACUGCAGUAUGACCUCAGAAAGGAGAAGGAGGACAAGGUGUUGUUGCAGGUAGAGGUGCAGCACCUGAGACAAGACAACAUGAGACUACAGGAGGAGAGUCAGACAUCAGCCGCUCAACUCAGGAAGUUUACUGAAUGGUUCUUCCACACUAUCGACAAGAAACCCUGAAACUGUACUGGAGAACUAAUGCUCCUGGGGAACAAGGAAACUUUACUACCCCAGGGGGCAACUGAACUCUGACGACUACUGCCAUACUACUGCACUGAGAGAUACCUACUGCCCAAGGAGCAAUGGAACCCUUUACUGCCCUGGGGGGCAACUAGACUUCUCGAAUGCCACAUGGACAGACAAUUUCUACCCUGUGCUGUGUGGGAGAGCCUGUCUUGGGGAACCCCUCUGUCCCUUGGGGAACCCCUCUGUCCCUUGGGGAACCCCUCCUGUCCUGGGGAACCCCUCUGUCCUGGCGAACCCCUCUGUCCCCUGGGGAACCCCUCCUGUCCUGGGGAACCCCUCCUGUCCUGGGGGACCCCUUUGUCCUGGGGAACCCCUCUGUCCCCUGGGGAACCCCUCUGUCCCCUGGGGAACCCCUCUGUCCUGGGGAACCCCUCAAGAGGAAUCAACUUAAUGUCUGCUAAUCUGCACCAGGAGGCACCAUGAGGAAUCAACUUAAUGUCUGCUCCUUUAUCUGCACCACGAGGCACCAAGAGGAAUCAACUUAAUGUCUGCUAUCUGCACCAACCAUGUGGCAGACCUGGACUGUAAAGGCACAGUGGGAUAAAACAUUUUUUUUUAAAUGAAUGUAGCUCAACUGACCUGAGAAGUAUUUUUUACUGUCUGUUUCCUCAACGUUCCUAAAGUCACAAACACUUAGAAGCCGACCUGAUGUUUGAUCCAAACUCUUUGAUUUUUAAUACUUUUGCUUCAUCUUUAUGUUCUUCACUGUUGUAAUAUAGAAUCACAAAGGGGGACAGUAGGUUUGAUGUUAAAAGGUGCUCUCCUCCUCUCACGUGUUGUCGCUGUCGGAUGAAAACUUCUUAUCUCCACAACAGAACAUUUUCAGGAAAUGGGAAAAACUGCCAUAUUUUCCCAUUAACAAUUAACGAAACCUCCAAAGUUAAAAAAAUUAAUAAUUUUUCUUGUCCUAGAGUCAUGAAGUGUUCAGAGUACAUUGCGGGGAGUUACUGCUUUCAAUUUCUGUAAACAAAUAAAAAUAAUACUAAAUACUAAACAGUAAAAUUGCAAAAAUUGAGUUAGAAGGUUUUCAUUCGACAGCAUUUCUAAAAACCUAUCUAUCACUAGUGUUUAUAUGCCGCUGUCACCACGUCUUAGCAAUAACAAAGUAGUUGUUAUUAUAAAAGUGUGUUUUUAAAAGUUAGCAGCACAAAUGUAAGCAGUUCCUGUGGGGAGACUGACGGUUGUAUUUGUCAUGUAUUGAUAUCCUACAAGAGACUGUGCCUGUGGGUCUAUAUAGGUGUAGAAUAGUAUGGGUCCUUUCUCUUUGCUUUCGUUGUGACUACUCUUAAACACAUGCCUUGUCCAUGGAUCGCUCAGUUGAUACACAAACCUGGGCUGCAUACCACAAGGCACACUAUUCCCUACAUAGUGCACUACUUUUGGUCAAGAUUAGGUCAAAAGUAGUGCACUACAAAUUAGGAAUAGGGUGCCAUUUGUGAUGCAGCUCCCUAAUGCGUUAUAAUCACAGUAGCAAUCUGGGCCCAUAGGGCUCUGGUCUAAAGUAGUGCACUAUAUAGGGUGCCAUGUAGGAUACAGGCAAUCACACUCACAAUGUCAAAAUGUCUUUCUCUGUACAUAAGCUCCUUGACUGAAGUGUCUUGUUGUAUUUCAAAUUUAUUGAAACUGAUUUCACCUGAAGUUGAUUAUUUGAUUAAUUAAGCAUCAUAUAUAGAUUUUCCUUUUUCAUCACUAAAUUUGGAAAAAGCUCUGUUUAUGUUGUAAAUUAUGUGUGAAGCUUAAUUUACAGGGCAGAAUUAUAUUAAAAUAUACAAAUGAUUAUUCUUGUUGACCUUGUCCCAGAACUCUGGUCUAAAAGUAGUGCACUAAAUAGGGAAUAGGGCGCCAUUUGGGACACAUUCUUGUUUGUUUUGAUUUGGAGAUGAUUCCAACGUUUGGAUGCUGCUAGAUGAUACGUCUGCUGGUUUGUUGCUUUUACAACAAUGUCUUUCUACAUUUACCUGGUUCAGCUGACAUGAGACAUGAUAGGUUGCUUUGGUUUUCUAAAUAAAUGUAGUAUGAAAAUAACAAAUGACUUUUCCUAUGGUGUUUUAGCUCACAGAACAGGGACCAUAACAUGGACUAGACCACUGGCUGCAAUGGAGAAACUGGGGUAUUUGUUGUGGCUUUUCUGACCUGAACUCACAAAGCUGUUGAAGCAAAACAUGUCCGUCUGGUAAAGGUCUGAUAUGUACAGUGUUACUAUAGCAUACCCUACUGUAUUGGCAGUGGUAGUAGUGGUAGUAGUAUGUUACCGUAGUAUACCCUACUCUAUUGACAGUGGUAGUAGUAUGUUACUGUAGUAUAACCUACUCUACUGACUAUGGUAGUAGUAUGUUACUAUAGUAUACCCUAUUCUAUUGACUAUGGUAGUAGUAUGUUACUAUAGUAAACCCUACUCUAUUGACAGUGGUAGUAGUAUGUUACUGUAGUAUACCCUACUCUAUUGACAGUGGUAGUAGUAUGUUACUAUAGUUUAUUUAUUUAUUUAUUUUAUUUUAUUUUAUUUCACCUUUAUUUAACCAGGUAGGCAAGUUGAGAACAAGUUCUCAUUUCCAACUGCGACCUGGCCAAGAUAAAGCAAAGCAGUUCGACACAUACAACAACACAGAGUUACACAUGGAGUAAAACAAACAAGCAUACCCUACUCUAUUGACUAUGGUAGUAGUGGUAGUAGUAUUUUACUGUAGUAUACUCUACUCUAUUGACAGUGGUAGUAGUGGUAGUAGUAUGUUACUGUAGUAUACCCUACUCUAUUGACAGUGGUAGUAGUAUGUUACUGUAGUAUACCCUACUAUGUUGACUAUGGUGGUGGUAUGUUACUGUAGUAUACCCUACUCUAUUGACCGUGGGAGUAGUAUGUUACUGCAGUAUGCCCUACUCUAUUGACAGUGGUAGUAGUGGUAGUGGUAUGUUACUAUAGUAUACCCUACUCUAUUGACAGUGGUAGUAGUACGUUACUAUAGCAUACCCUACUCUAUUGACUAUGGUAGUAGUGGUAGUAUGCAUGUUACUGUAGUAUACCCUACUUUAUUGACUAUGGUAGUAGUAUGUUACUGUAGUAUACCCUACUCUAUUGACAGUGGUAGUGGUAUGUUACUGUAGUAUACCCUACUCUAUUGACUAUGGUAGUAGUAUUUUACUGUAGUAUACCCGACUCUAUUGACAGUGUUAGUAGUAAGUUACUAUAGUAUACCCUACUCUAUUCACAGUGGCAGUGGUAUGUUACUGUAGUAUACCCUACUCUAUUGACUAUGGUAGUAGUGGUAGUGGUAUUGUACUAUAGUAUACCCUACUCUAUUGACAGUGGUAUGUUACUAUAGUAUACCCUACUCUAUUGACAGUGGUAUUUUACUAUAGUAUACCCUACUCUAUUGACUAUGGUAGUAGUAUGUUACUAUACAGACUGUACCAGGUAAUAACAUGGUUAUAUACAGUGGGAAAAGGUAAUAACAUGGCUAUAUACAGGGAGUACCAGGUAAUAACACGGCUAUAUACAAGGAGUUACCAGUGCAGAGUGGAUGUACAGGGGUACCAGGUAGUUGAGGUAGAUAUGUACAGAUACUGUAUGUUCCCAGCACAGCAUACAUCUUGUAUUUGAUGUGUUUGUGGUUUGUUUUCUGCAGGGCUCCUACGUAAGAGAGACCUAGUUCUCAACAUGAACCCUCUUAAAAUAAAGGAUCAAUAAAUACAACAUGCUAAAUGUAUAGA